AUGAUAUUUGGAAAGACCCUUCAUGCUCUUGCAAAAAUUGGUGAGGAAUUCUGGAUGGAUCCUCUGGAGAAAGGGCUUGCAGUGAGAUCAGUGAGUUCCUCCAGAUCAGCGUAUGGUUGCUUUAUGUUCUCUUCAUCAUUUUUUCAAAAGUACAUCAAAGACACCUGGCGUUCUCUUGAUAAGGGAGAUUGUGAGUCAACAGUCAAAUGUAAAUUAUCAAUGAAGUCAGUCCUUCCUCUGUUCAGAUGCCUAUCAAGCAUUGAAAGGAAUGUUGAAAAAUGUAAAAUAUAUAUCCUCAGCAACUUUGUGGUUUUUCAGUUUUCCUGCAGACAUGGUAUUGUGAAAACACAUAACCUAAGGUUUCAAGAGUGUGAUUCUCUUCAAGCUGUAUUUGCAAGACAUCUUUGUCCAAAUGUAUUGAAGGCACAUUCCAGCAUAUUUGCUGCUGCAGUAAUGCAUUUUCCAAUUUCUCAAGAGGAAGUGACCUUAGCUGCAACUCCCCUGAAUGUUAAAUUCAGAAAUUAUAAUGAGGAAGAAAAUGAUUUAUUCAAGAUGAUGCACACAGAAGUCUGCCUAAAUCCUGAAGAAUUUCACUACUUUCAAGUUGAAGUAGACACGGAGAUAACUUUCUGCCUGAAGGAACUCAGGGGAUUACUCAGCUUUGCAGAGUCCACCAGUCUUGCAGUGUCUGUACACUUUGGAGAAGCCGGAAAGCCAGUGUCCUUCAGCGCAGACGGGACGGUCCUAGACGUGAACUUUGUUCUGGCUACACUUGCCGAUUCAGAGAGUCAACUCUCACCACCAAUACCAAGCUUUGCAUCACCAGCUAGAAAAAUACAAAAGAUUACUACAGCCAAGUAUUCUGUGGUAGAGCUCUCUGCUGACCAGAAGGAAUCUGUCAGUCAUUUUCCCAAAAUGGUGAAGGAGCGUAUGAUGGAAACCGCACCGAAUGAAUUGGUUCCAUCAAGCCAGGGAAGCCCUCUUUUAAAACCAAAUUCUUCAAUGGAAAACAGAAAAGCCCCUGAGGGAACAUCCAAGGACACGCACUCUGAAAUCAUCCACUCCAACCCAGCGUGCAACAAGAUUUGCUCUCUGCUGUUUGGUGCAAUCUCAUCACAGCAGAAUGCAGGGGACGUUGAGGAGAUGAUGAACUUGGUUUGCUCCAGUGAUAACGAAGAUUAGGAGAAGAGCCACCCGGACUUAAGAGGCCUUUUGAAACAUUACCAAACAAGUUAGACU